AUUAAAAUAUCCGCGUAAAAAUCAACUCCUCUCUCUCUCCAAACCCUCUCUCAGUCUAUCUGAACUCACCGACCAAUUGGACCCUUCUCCUCCUCCUUCAGGUCUCUCUCUUCCUAAUCAGUUUUGUGUUUGGAUUUGUUUUGUUUGCGGGUUUUAUUUCUCUGGGUAUUCUUUUUUAAACUCUUGUAUGGUUUGCAAUUUUGUAUUUUGUUGAUUUUCCUUGUGCCUUCUUCUUCGUGUCAUUUAAUUGCAAUUUGGGGUUUCGGAUUUGGGAUUUUUGGUUGAGUUCUAGGCUUUAUAGUUUGAUUUCAUCUUGGAGUUAUCGAAUCCUUUACAUAAAUUUGUCUUUUUCGAUUGAUUUAGGGUUUUUAGUUGUUUUCAUCUUUUUGGGUGCCGAGAUGGUGAGUUCGGAGGGAUUGAGUUCUUCCCCGUCGCCGAAGCAGUAUGGUGUUACGAAACCGAUAUCGAUGUCGGGGCCAACUGAAGCUGAUGUACAUAGAAGCCGCGAAUUGGAGAAGUUCUUGAGUGAUUCUGGGCUUUAUGAGAGCCAAGAGGAAGCUGCAAAGAGGGAGAGUGUUCUGGGUCGAAUUGGGCAGAUUGUAAAAGAUUGGGUGAAGCAGCUUACUCGCUUGAGGGGGUACACAGAUCAAAUGGUGGAGGAUGCUAACGCUGUCAUUUUCACUUUUGGCUCUUACCGUCUCGGGGUACAUGGUCCUGGUGCUGACAUUGACACAUUAUGUGUUGGGCCAUCUUAUGUCAAUAGAGAGGAGGACUUCUUCUUUGUAUUGCAUAACAUUUUGUUGGAAAUGGAAGAAGUUACGGAGCUGCAACCAGUUCCUGAUGCUCAUGUCCCCGUGAUGAAAUUCAAGUUUGAUGGAAUAUCAGUUGAUCUUCUUUAUGCCAGUAUUUCUCUGUUGGUUUUACCAGAUGACCUGGACAUCUCGGAUGUUUCUGUUCUCUAUGAUGUUGAUGAGCCUACUGUUCGAAGUCUCAAUGGCUGCAGGGUUGCUGAUCAAAUUCUUAAGCUUGUUCCUAAUGUUGAGCAUUUUCGCACAACACUACGGUGUUUGAAGUUUUGGGCUAAAAGACGAGGCGUUUAUUCCAAUGUGACUGGGUUUCUUGGUGGUGUAAACUGGGCUCUCCUUGUUGCUCGAGUGUGCCAACUUUAUCCUAAUGCAAUUCCCAGUAUGCUUGUGUCUAGAUUUUUCAGGGUAUUUACACAAUGGCGCUGGCCAAACCCUGUCAUGCUGUGCCCAAUUGAAGAGGAUGAACUUGGAUUUUCUGUUUGGGAUCCUCGUAUAAAUCCACGUGACCGAACUCAUCUUAUGCCAAUAAUAACACCUGCCUAUCCAUGCAUGAAUUCUAGCUACAAUGUAUCAACAAGUACACUACGGGUCAUGAUGGAGCAAUUCCAGUAUGGUAACAAGAUCUGUGAGGAUAUUGAGCUGAAUAAAGCCCAAUGGAGUACUCUGUUUGAGCCAUACUUGUUCUUUGAAAGCUACAAAAACUAUCUACAAGUUGAUAUAGUUGCAGCUGAUGUUGAUGACUUGCGAUCUUGGAAAGGCUGGGUCGAAUCCCGGUUAAGGCAAUUGACUCUUAUGAUUGAGCGAGACACAUUUGGGAAGUUGCAGUGUCAUCCAUAUGCUCAUGAGUAUGUGGACACCUCCAAGCCGUGUGCCCAUUGUGCUUUUUUUAUGGGCUUGCAGAGGAAACAAGGGGAGGUAAUUCAGGAAGGGCAGCAGUUUGAUAUCCGAGGGACUGUAGAUGAAUUUAGGCAUUCCAUAAACAUGUAUAUGUUUUGGAAACCGGGAAUGGAAAUUUAUGUCUAUCAUGUUCGUAGGAAGCAGAUCCCUUCGUAUGUUUUUCCAGAUGGUUAUAGGCGUCCUCGGCAUCCUAGGGUCACAGCACAUCAACAGUCUGAUAAGCCAUGCUGUGAAGAUGGUGGUGUGUGUCACAUUGGCUCUGGAGAGAGAUGCCUUAAGAGGAAAAAGGAUCCGGAUGAAGUGGAUUUGAAAAAUGAUAGGUUAGAGAAACGAUGUUCUAUUAGUCCUCAGAGGCGGGAUUCAAUUUCUCCUGAUAUUAUCAGUCACAAGUUUGGUGGCACAUCUCCUGCAUGCUUGGCCUUUACUGAAGGAAAUGAAAUGUGUGAAGUUGAUAAAAAGAGAUUUUGCUCUGACAAUGUUGAGGGGGGAUGUACAUCAAAUUCCAGUGCGAUCACCUCCCUUUCAAGCGAGGUUGGCUCGUGUGAGGAUAAUGGAAAUGAAUCAGUAGCAGGCAGCAGUGAGGGAAACAAUGGAAGCGCUGAUGGGAGUGUUGAAGGAAGUAAUAACCUGGGGUAUUCUCAAAGUGAUUCUGGUGAUGCAUAUUCAUCUCCAGAUUCAGUAUGUCAUUUGGAAAAUGUGUGCACAGAUGGCAGUGAACUAUUUCAAGAUAGAUUGCAGGAAGAGCUUGAGCCAAGUGCUGCUGUUGGGAUGUUGCUAAAAACGGUGGGCCGAGGUGAUGAGGCAGCUUUGCAGAAAACAGUCUUAAGCAGGUUAAGCUUAACAUCAACGUCAUGAGAUAUCAGAAAUCAGAUGAAAAAGGUAGUUCUUUCCGUCCAUGUUGGCGGCCUAUGAGAUGGGAAGCCAGCAGUUUGUGGUAAGUGUUGUAUUACUUGCUGGCUUUCAUUACUUGUGUUUUCCAGGCAUGCUUGUUAGUAUAUUGCGGAACGGAGAUCAACUGUGGAGGGACAAUCAGAAGAGAUCUGCUGGUUGUAGCUUUGUCGUUGUUUAAUGCACAAUGUUACUUCUGCCAAGUACUGUGUUCUGCAUGAGCAGCGACGGUAGCUAGCGCAUCAAAGUGUUGAGCUUGGAUGAUGAUUGGGGGGAGUGGUGUGAACUUCUGUUUUUUUUUUUUUUUUUUUUAAAUUUUUUUUCUCCUUUUUGUUCCCUUCUCCCUUGCAUGUGAAAGCAUUCAAGCGUUUGAGGGGUUGCGUGUAAAAGGGGGGUAGUGGGUCUGAGAGUUAAGAGGUGUUGGGAUAUUAUCUAUCCAGUCGUGCUGCUCGUAGAGGUUCUUAACAUGAUUUAGCUUACCUCUCUGCUACCUUUUGCACUUUUGCCCACCAUGUAAUAUAAAAAAAUUGAAACUCUUUCGGUCUGUA